AUGUCUGAGCGGGCUGAUCCCCCGGCGGCGGCGGGAGCGGGGAGCGAGAUGCCGGCCAAGAAGCAGAAGCUGAGCAGCGACGAGAACAGCAACCCCGGUGACCUGUCGGGGGACGAGAACGAUGAUGCUGUUAGUAUAGAAAGUGGUACUAACACUGAACGCCCUGACACCCCAACAAACACUCCCAAUGCACCAGGAAGAAAAAGCUGGGGAAAAGGAAAAUGGAAAUCCAAGAAGUGCAAAUACUCCUUUAAAUGUGUAAAUAGUCUGAAGGAGGACCACAGUCAGCCAUUGUUUGGAGUCCAGUUUAACUGGCACAGUAAGGAAGGAGAUCCAUUAGUGUUUGCCACUGUAGGCAGCAACAGAGUUACUUUAUAUGAAUGUCAUUCCCAAGGAGAAAUCCGUUUAUUGCAGUCUUACGUGGAUGCUGACGCAGAUGAGAACUUUUAUACUUGUGCAUGGACCUAUGAUAGCAAUACAAGUCACCCUCUUCUGGCUGUGGCUGGGUCAAGGGGUAUUAUUAGAAUAAUUAAUCCCAUUACAAUGCAGUGCAUAAAGCACUACGUGGGUCAUGGAAAUGCAAUCAAUGAACUGAAAUUUCAUCCAAGGGAUCCAAAUCUCCUCUUGUCUGUAAGCAAAGAUCAUGCACUGAGACUGUGGAACAUCCAAACAGAUACGUUGGUUGCAAUAUUUGGAGGAGUAGAAGGGCACAGGGAUGAGGUCUUAAGUGCAGAUUAUGACCUUCUUGGUGAGAAAAUAAUGUCCUGUGGUAUGGAUCACUCUCUGAAACUCUGGAGAAUCAAUUCAAAGAGAAUGAUGAAUGCCAUUAAGGAGUCUUAUGAGUACAAUCCAAAUAAAACCAACAGGCCUUUUAUUUCUCAGAAAAUUCACUUUCCUGACUUUUCCACCAGAGAUAUACAUAGGAACUAUGUUGACUGUGUACGAUGGUUAGGAGAUCUAAUACUUUCCAAGUCUUGUGAAAAUGCUAUUGUGUGCUGGAAACCUGGCAAAAUGGAGGAUGAUAUAGAUAAAAUCAAGCCCAGUGAGUCAAAUGUGACUAUACUGGGGCGAUUUGAUUACAGUCAGUGCGAUAUCUGGUAUAUGAGGUUUUCAAUGGACUUCUGGCAAAAGAUGCUUGCAUUGGGCAAUCAAGUUGGCAAACUUUAUGUUUGGGAUUUGGAAAUAGAAGAUCCUCAUAAGGCUAAAUGUACGACACUUACCCAUCCUAAAUGUGCUGCUGCCAUUCGACAAACCAGUUUUAGCAGGGAUAGCAGUAUCCUUAUAGCUGUUUGUGAUGAUGCCAGUAUCUGGCGCUGGGACCGACAACGAUAAAUUACUUUUUUUUUUAAUUAAAAGUAGAAAAUACAUUGUUGGUUUACAGUGUAACCUGUUAACUAGCUUCUACUGUAGUUGCAUUUAGAAUCGUUUUUCCCACUGUUCAGUUGGCCGGAGCUGAACUUAGUGAUGUUUACAUUCUUUGUACUGUUGUCCUGCUCAGACUCUGGUGCUUUCAUUAAUAAAAAAUAUUUUUGUAAAGCUUUAUGCAUUGUCCACUUCAAUUAUUUAACCAAAAUGAAUUUCAUGAUUUCACUGUGACCUGUAAUGUUGUUUUACAUUGUGUAUAGCUGGUACAUAUCACA